UCAUCACAGUCGGCUGACGGCUGAGCAGUAGCUGAAACAGAUAGAUGCGUUAGAUAUUAUCAUCCAAAAAGCAUCACUGUCUUAAAUACUUCACCAAAUUUCGAGCCAUGGAGUUGUCUGAAAUACUGUACAACAAAGCGGAGUACAUUGAGACGGCUUCUGGCAACAAAGUGAGCAGACAGUCAGUGCUGUGUGGGAGUCAAAAUAUUGUCCUCAAUGGCAAAACUAUUGUCAUGAAUGACUGCAUCAUCAGAGGAGACCUGGCUAACGUCAGAGUGGGCAGACACUGUGUUGUGAAGAGUCGGAGUGUUAUUCGGCCACCUUUUAAAAAGUUCAGCAAAGGAGUGGCGUUCUUCCCACUGCACAUCGGAGACCACGUCUUCAUUGAGGAGGACUGUGUGGUCAACGCAGCACAGAUCGGUUCCUAUGUUCACAUUGGCAAGAACUGUGUCAUAGGUCGUCGCUGUGUGCUGAAGGACUGCUGUAAAAUCUUAGACAACACGGUGCUUCCUCCUGAGACAGUGGUGCCACCUUUCACUGUCUUCUCUGGAUGUCCAGGUCUGUUUUCAGGAGAGCUCCCAGAGUGCACGCAGGACCUGAUGAUUGACGUAACCAAGAGCUACUACCAGAAGUUCCUGCCCCUCAGCCAGAUCUGAGACCCACCUUCAAAACCUUCAGCAGCGUCCACACCCUUUCCAGCCAGUUCCAGGUCAGCGUUGGCUCCUGACCGUCAGACUGAAAUGGACUCUUCAGAGCUCACCUUCUAUCCUUCAUCUCCGAGAGGCCGUGAGUUUUUCUGCCCAAGGAAAAACACUCAUCCUGUAGUAAUAAUCCUAUUUAGAGUCCUUAUAUGAUUCUGACUUUUGAGUUUGGGGAAAGCACAUAAUUAAUGGAUACUGAUAAAGCUGCAGGACGCAGUUUUGUAUGUUUGCAGCUCCAGAUUGCAGUGAGUCUUGAAAAGUCUUUUAAGUCUGGAACCCCUGUAAGCUGUUGUUACCAAACUACACACAGCAUGCUCACAUUUACCACAGCUAGUCUGAGAUAAAACUCCCUAACUGAUUUCUGUUUCCAGUGAAUGCUUUGAUUUUCUAAUGAAUUAAGGUCAUGUAGUCAUAGAUCCUUUUUUCUGGUCAGUGUGCUGUGGAAAAACUGCUGAUUAUCACAGAGAACCAGAGAAAAGCAGAAGCUCAUGUGUAGGAGGUUGUCAUUCUUUGGCAGAAGUUGAAGGUGAGGAGGUGGAGGAGCUAUGAAAGGAAAGAAGGUGAAGGUUGGAGGUGUUUGAAGGAUGUGGGAACACAGCUUGUAACAUCCAUGGACCAAAACAAUAGCAACAAGAGUUUUGUUUGAGGAUGUCGGACGUACAUGUGCAUUAUGCAUAUCCGCAGUUCAUUUGGACAACAGAGCAGUGCACUCAAUGAAGAUGUUGUUUUAGCCGCUGUCAUUUUAUUGUUAAUGUUGAGGAAUGUGUGUUUGUUUGCUCUGUCCUUUGCCGGCUUACGUUUGUCAUAAACCUUCUUUAAUAACGUGUGUAAUUUAAUUUCAUUAUGUUCCAAACAAUCAACUGCAGCUUUUAUUUGAAUAUGUCGUGGUUGCAGGAUGACACUCUGUGCUUUGCCUUUGUUGUCAUUUUCUGUGAGCAUACAAUAGCCAGGGCCAACAUCUCAAAUAGUGAAGCAUGUAAAUAAAUAUAAAUGCUUGAAAAUCUGCCUUGGAAUUUAAUUUAAAAGGUCCCCUGUGGAGUAUUGACCACUGGUAGCACUCUGGAGCAUUGUUAUGAGUAAUGAGUGGGUCGCUGUUUUUUUUUUGUUUUUUUUUUGGUGUGUGUGUAAUAUGUAUGUGCACAAAGUUAGCUUUACAAUUGUUUUAUGAGGAAGGAAAUACAUCCUACACAUAAAGCUGUCAAGGUUACAGACCGUGUGUUUUGGUAAGAAAAGACUGAAUGUCAACAUAACUUUUGUUUUGUGUACAAGAAGAUUCCACAGAGCAUCUGUAAGUCAGCAGCUAGCACCUUUAAAGGUGCCCUGUGGACCUUUCUUGUAAACAAACAAAGGUUGUAUUUACUUUAUGGCUCACCAAAACACACAUCUUAAGGCCUUACAGAUGUGUUGAAUGCAUUUCCUUUUACAUGGAACAUGUAAAUGUUUGAAUAUUGCAUCAUUUACAUCCUUGUUUACUAGUGCAAUGGUGUGAAACCAUUGGCAGGACUGUUUAUCAUGCUACCCACAUGAAUCUUGCAAGAGACAAAUAAAACAGGGACCUACUCAUAAAAAGACUCCAAACUGCUACUGUAAGUCAAAACCUUCUCUGGGUAACUUUAGCAUGACAGAAAGGCUGAGAGACAGAAAAGGAAAGGAACUUUGCAGGCUCUUUUCAAAAUUUCCUCAUCAGACACUUUCCUCAAAGGAAAAGAAAGUCUUUCUUAAGCUGUCCUCUGGCACCACCUAGUGGCUUGUAGCAGGGCUUCAAGCCACAGACCCCCGUCUAUUCAGGUUAUUUCUGUUGACCUUCAGUAGUUAAAGUGGAGCAGGUUGACAAAUGAAACGCCCCUGUCCAGCAUGUUAACAGCAAACCUUCAUGGAUAAAAUGUUAAGCAGAUCCAAUUCUUAA